GCGAUACGUCGUGUGAGCAACGCCUGCGCUACACGCUGGCACUCGCCUCGGUCGUUCAGCGACUGGUCUCGCUCGCUCGUUCCAUUUCCCUUUCUGCCGCCAUGAUGCGCUUCUUCGGCUUUCUUCUCGCCGGCGCCGCGACCGUGGCUGGCUUCACGGGCGACGGCACGGGCUACCACCUCUCGGACCCCAAGACGGGCAACUGCAACUUCAUGAAGUACCCGGCCGCGGCAACGACCCACUACGUGGCGCUUGCCCCUAAGUUCUUUGACAACACGCGGGGCUGCGGCAUGUGCAUCCAGGCCAAGUGCAGCGACAGUGCGUGCGCGGGUGCGACGGCCACCGAGACGUUGUACGUCGUCGACCAAUGCCCCGGCUGCAUGGACGAAGACAUUGACAUCUCGCCCGAGGUCUUCCGGAAGCUCACGAACGGUAUCGAGCCCGGCCGCCUCAAGAUGACGUGGUCCUUCGUGCCGUGCCCGAUCUCGGACCCGAUCUCGAUCUGCAAGAAGGCGGGAAGCAACAACCACUGGCUCGCGCUCCAGCCGACCAACACACGGACUGGUGUCGGGUCCGUCUCGAUCAACGGGUCCCCCACCAAGAUGGUCGCGUCAGCCUUCUACUUUAUCGUUGAAAGCGUCCCCGAGAUCGACCUCAGCAACGUCCUUGUGUCCCUCUCGCCCGCGGGCGGCGGCAGCGCCGUCUCAGCGACCGUCGAUCUGAGUGGUGAAGGCUGCGCGACCACCAGUGUCCAGUUUGGCGGUGGUCCCGCCCCUGGCCCAGCUCCCACCUCUGCGCCGACACCAGCUCCGACGCCUGCCCCGACGCCGGCUCCGACGCCUGCCCCGACACCAGCUCCGACACCCGCCCCAACUCUUGCCCCGACGCCCGCCCCGACUGACGCACCGACGACAACACCGCCUGCAUCCACCACGAUGUCUGUCAACGCUACGACGGCUCCGACGACGACGACGAUCCCGGUGCCGAGCGAGGGAGCCCGGCUUGAGAGCGAUGCCACGCCUGUGCCGUCCACGCGCGCCACGACUCCGUCGCCGCCGAUUGUCGAGGUGUCCAACCAGAGCUCGGCGGAUCCCACUGGCACGUCGCCGCUGAUCAUCGUGCUCGGUGCUGCGUGCGCCGUGGCUGUCGGCGCCGUCGCAAUCGCGAUCGUCGUCAUCAAGCGCAAGCAGCGCAUGGACAAGGAGAACGACUUUGACAGCGACUUCAACCUCGCGGCCAUCGUGUCGCACCGCGAGUCGAGCGUCGCUGUCUUGUAACUUCGGUGUACAUUGCUUUACGUAGAGAUGUCCUGUAUUUAAUCCGAGCCUGCUGGUACUUUUCCUAAACGUCGAGCAAAAGGUUAUAUAACAUGAGGCACCACGCGGCUCGGGCAGCC